UGCGCGCGAACUCUAAGUGUAAGGGUACCCGGGUCUGGUUGCGGUUGUUGGCGAGGUGCGGGCCUCUGGGGUACGCGACAAGCCCACCGGUCACCAUCAUCACCCCGUUAUGGAGAUCUCAGCGCACAAGCAGCAGCAUCCUGAGGCGGCCAAAAUCAGAAACCUGCCCUGGGUUGAAAAAUACCGGCCACAGACACUGGAUGAUCUCAUUUCUCAUCAGGACAUCUUGAGUACUAUUCAGAAGUUUAUCAGUGAGGACCGCCUGCCGCACCUCCUUCUGUAUGGUCCUCCAGGGACAGGAAAGACAUCCACCAUCCUGGCCUGUGCUAAACAGCUGUACAAAGAUAAGGAAUUUGGCUCCAUGGUCUUGGAGCUGAAUGCUUCAGACGACCGAGGAAUAGAUAUCGUUCGGGGACCAAUCCUGAGCUUUGCUAGCACAAGGACAAUAUUUAAGAAAGGCUUUAAACUAGUGAUCUUGGAUGAGGCCGAUGCCAUGACUCAGGACGCCCAGAACGCCCUGCGGAGAGUGAUUGAGAAGUUUACUGAAAAUACCAGAUUUUGCCUCAUCUGUAACUAUCUGUCAAAGAUCAUCCCCGCCUUGCAGUCCCGGUGUACACGAUUCCGAUUUGGACCACUGACUCCCGAACUCAUGGUUCCCCGCCUGGAACACGUCGUAGAAGAAGAGAAAGUUGAUAUAAGUGAAGACGGGAUGAAAGCGCUCAUAACUCUUUCCAGUGGAGACAUGCGAAGGGCUCUGAACAUCUUACAGAGCACCAAUAUGGCCUUUGGGAAGGUCACAGAGGAGACCGUCUACACCUGCACGGGGCACCCACUCAAGUCAGACAUCGCCAACAUUCUGGACUGGAUGUUGAAUCAAGAUUUCACCACGGCCUACAGGAAUAUCAUGGAGUUGAAAACUCUGAAGGGGUUGGCGUUACACGACAUCCUGACGGAGAUACACCUGUUCGUGCACAGAGUUGACUUUCCAUCUUCAGUUCGAAUACAUUUAUUGACCAAAAUGGCAGACAUUGAGUACAGGCUUUCUGUUGGCACCAGUGAGAAGAUUCAGCUGAGUUCCCUCAUUGCCGCUUUUCAAGUCACCAGAGACCUGAUUGUCACUGAGGCCUAGAUGCUGGGGAACCACACGCUGCCAACUCACUCUCAGGCCCAGCAGUGACAGGAGAGCAUGGGACUCGGUCACAAAUGAACUGCUGCCUGGGCUGGGUGUUUACACAGUCACCCCCAACUGUGUAAAACUGUUCCAGGCAUGGAUGGGCAGACAUUUAAAAAGCACUGUGUUUGUGGCUGUUUGGAACAGGGCUGUACAAAGCAGUUUUAAUGUCCAGCUCUCUUGCUGCACUAUGCGAAUGUGUCUUGCAAGGGAACGGAGCAAAACCCAUCUUUAGCCUUAAGGCUUUAACCCUUCAGUUGCUUGGAUGGUAGGAAAUUGGCCUACCCCAUUUGGAACAUCAGGCUUUCAAAUCUAAUACGGCCCAAGUAUCUUCCAACACAAGGUAAAAAGAGUAUCACCAAAGUCACGUUCGUAAAUCUAAUCUGUGAUAUACUUUAAAUAGGUGUUAAUGGGUUUCUGGCCCAAGCCAUUAUGCUUUUAUAAAAUGAACUCAAUUUUCUUCCUUUAAAACCUGGCCUUUUUAUUUCUGCUCUUGAAGUAGAAUAACUGCUUGCCUGUUCCUAACUGUAGUGUGGACAGGAGAGAAAACAUUCGUUUGAAAUGAUGCCAUUGGGGCCAGAGAUCAUCCAACACUGACUUGCUUAACCCAGGGCACAUGAGAUGAAGCCUGACUAAGCCUGCAAGUGCUGAAAGGAUUGGAACUCUUUGUAUUUAAAUAGAAGACAGUUUAUCUGCAAGCAUUUGUGCUACAUCUGUGACAGGGUUCUGCACAGUAAAAAUAAAGCAGCUUAC